AUGGACGCAGAUCCAGCUCUUCCUAAACCAUCAGCUAGCCCCGUCUCGCAUUUCUUUCCAUGGGCCACAUCCCCGGACGUCAUACGCAGCCACGAAAAAGAUGCGUACAUUUCUGGCAUCCUUUCAGUGCAAGCCCACACAAUAAUUCGCGCUCUCCGCGGUGCAAGAUUCGCCCAUUCUCAUACCGACACAAUCAAAAAUCUUACUGACCUGCUCUACUUCUCCGUCACAACACUUGUCGGAAACAGAACACUAGGCGAAGAGUAUUGCGACGUGGUACAACUAGAAGAUGACUCACUACGAUUACCAUCGCUGAAAACACCCUCCAAGCCGACCCUCACACUGCGCCUCCAAAAUUAUGUCCUGGACCAUCUUGAUUCCCUUACCUCCCUCUCCCCAAUCUUCGCCCUGAAUCUGGCCGCCUUCUAUUUCUCUGGAGCAUAUUACCACAUAUCCAAACGCAUCUGGGGCCUUCGAUAUGUUUUCACAAAGCGAAUCGAAGACAAUGAAGCUAGAAUCGGAUAUGAGGUGUUAGGCGUGUUACUCGUUCUUCAAAUCGCUGUGCAGGGCAUACUGCAUGUCAAAAAUACCAUCUCUUCCUUCACCGCUGAAACAGCGGAGGGUCAGCAGCAACAAGAAGGCUCCGACCACCAAAAAACCGCUCUAAAGUCAAUAUAUACCCCACCGUCCAUACAGUCACUGCCCGCAAGCGAAGCGCGAUAUGAUUUAGCAAAUCCUACCAACGCAUCUCUCGCCUGGGUACCUCCCAGUCAGCAACGGAAAUGCACCCUGUGUUUGGAGCUGUAUAAAGACCCGAGUGCGACAACGUGCGGACAUAUCUUUUGCUGGACGUGUAUACGGGACUGGGUGCGGGAGAAACCCGAGUGCCCGCUAUGUCGGCAGGAGGCGUUGGGUUCGAAAAUUUUGCCCUUGAGAGGCUGA